CGGGUAGUCUCGCCUGACUUGGGGUCGCAAUCAAAGAGCAAAAAACGGCAGCUUCAUAGGAUCCCAACGCCACAAUGAAGUCGAGCAAGGCUGGCAACUAUGCACCCCUGGCACAUCCACCGCUCACCAAGACAUCAACAAAAUCCAGGACAACAUUUUCGGCCAACCACGCCCAAGGAAGGGCCCAGGAGGCCAGGAUCUAUUCCCACUCCACACACGAGAGGGGAGACAUAGUGCAUGACACCCAAGCAGACGUGCCCUCAACCCAAUGGCUUGAGGCGCAACUUGCGUUCAAAGUUUCGAUGGUUCACGGGAUUCUGCAAUUCACACCAAGUAAGUGUGGCUUGUCUCCCUUUUCCUUUGCCAUGGGGAAGAAGAAGACGACGAGGACUCCUGCGCAUUCUCCUCCUCCCACUACGGUGAGGAAGGAGAAGAAGAAGAAGAGUACCAGACUUGUUGUAGAUGAUGAAAUGGAUUGUGUGAACACUGUGGAUGCUGGGAUUGAACUUUCUGAUGAGGAAAAGGGUGAACCCUCGGUUCAGUCCUCUUUUGAUACCUCAAUUGAUGAAGAUGAAGUUGCCAGGACUCUCCAAAUCUCUUUGGAGAAGAACCUGGAAGCCAUCCUCGCUGAUGAUAUAGAUAACACCUUGGCCAAUGAACAACCUCUGAACAAGGAGACACCUCCUGAUAAUGUUGCUGAUACUCCUCUGGAACAACCUAUCAGCAACGAGGAGAAAGAGAAGGAAAAAGAACCUCUUGAUGCUGGAAAGAGUGGAGACAAACUGAAGGAAGAUAAAGUGGAUAAACCGGCUGAUGCAAAGAAAUCUUUUGCCUCCUUCUUCAAGAAAAAUAGGGCAGAAGAUAAAGGAAUGAAGCUUCACAAGGUUGUAGCCCCUAAAUGCUUUAUACCUGAAGAAGACAUGCUGACUGUGGAAGAAAUUUGGGGACCUUGCUUGGUGGGUUGCUUCACUGGUAGAUUCCCUGGGUUGAUAGCCAUCCAAAAACUGGUUGACAGUUGCGGAGUCAAGUGCAAGUUUCUACCCCACCACCAAGGAUGGGUUGUCUUCAAAUUUCUUACCAAUGAGGAUAGGGAUUCUGCUCUCUUACAUGCCAAGAAGGAACUCAAUAAUAAGAAAUUGCUCAUUAACAUCCCCCCUGAUGACUUUAUGUGGGAUGUUAAGUCCUUUUCAACUAUGCUUGUUUGGGUUAAGCUGUGGAAUGUCCCCAUGAGAAUGUUGAUUAACAUGGACCUAUCCCUCACACCUCCCACUUCUGUUGAGGUGGAUUUUGUUGGGGGUAGCUAUGUUCAAAAGGUUGAGUAUGAGGACAUGCCUCAAUACUGCUACCACUGUAAGUGUUUUGGCCAUGACCCCUUUAAAUGCUCAGUUCUUCAUGAGAUUAACAAGAGAAAAUUCAAUGAAGAACAAAAAGCAAGAGAGAGGGCUAGGGUUGAAACCCUCAAAACCAUAAUGCUUACAGAAGCACAACAACAACCACUGAAUGGGAAGGAAAAUGGGAAAGAUGAAGUGAACAACAUUGCUGGAAACAAAGGAAAAGGAAAGGAAAGUUCAGGUGGUGUGGCCCAAAACCCAAAUGAUCCUGGCCCAUCCUUUACUGCCCAUAUUGAGGAUGAUGGCUUCACACAAGUUGGAGGGGGCAAGGGCAAACUUACAACACACCCUAUCAGAGAUGGAAAGCAGAGGACUGGAUACAACAAAGGGGGAGGUGAUUUCAGUGGCCCUUGGGCUGUUAUGGGGGAUUUCAAUGCAGUUAUCAGCUCUACUAAAAGAGUGAACUGCCAAACCCAGAGUGCCUAUUACAUGACAGAUCUCAGACAGUUCAGAAUCAACAAUGCCUUGAAUGAUGCAAACUCAUCAGGGCUGGAAUUUACUUGGAACAAAGGUGAAAAAUGGGCCAAACUAGAUAGAGUUCUGGUCAAUGAUGAAUGGGAAAAUAUGCAAUGGGACUGCUGGGCUGAAUUUAGAGACAUGGAGGCAAUCUCUGACCACUGCCCAGUGUUGCUGAAACUCAUGAAUAUUCUGAACCAGAGAACCAGGCCUUUUAAGUUUUACAACAUGUGGCUCAAGCAUGAGAAUUUUGAUAUGGUGAUCAGGGAGAAUUGGAACCAGUGGGUCAAUGGAACAAGGCAGUACAGAUUAUGUGUCAAACUCAAAAAACUGAAACAACCUCUGAGGCUUCUGAAUAAACAACAUUUUGCCCAUAUUUCUCAGAGAGCUGAAUCUGCCAGAAAGGAGUAUAGCCAUCUCAUGCAGGAGCUGAUCUUGGAACCUGAGAAUCCUUCCCUUCUGUCCAGAAGUGUUGAACUCAGAAACAAAGCCAGUUUUUUCAUGGAUGCUGAAAGAUCUUUCUUCCAACAGAAGACCAAGUGUGAACUACUCUUUGAGGGGGACAAAUGCACCAAAUUUUUCCAUGCCCUGAUGAGGAAAAAGAAUCAUAGCAGUGCCAUCCCCUUCAUUCUUACAGUUGAUCAGAGACUCACCACCAGUUUGGAGGAGGUUGAAAAGGAAUUUACUGAGUACUUUACCAAUCUUUUUGGAACCACUGUCCCCAUUGAACCUGUUGAUUGGAAUGUUUUUGAAGAGGGCCCUCUCAUCCCCAACCAUGCAGCUAACAACCUCAUCAGAAAGGUGACUAUUGAAGAGAUAACACACAUUGCUUUUGCUGAUGACAUCAUGAUGUUCUCCAGAGGGGACAAAGAUUCUGUCCAGAUCCUUGCUGAUGCCUUGAAGCACUUUUCCUCUGUCUCAGGCCUCCAUGUCAAUGCACAGAAAUCAAAUAUCUACCUGGCAGGGCAAAUCAAGGGGAAUAAGCAGCAUAUCCUCAACUUGGUGAAUUUCCCUGAAGGACUUUUACCAGUUAAAUACCUGGGACUGCCACUCACUUCACAAAGGGCAUCAAAGAGGGACUUUACACGACUGAUUGAAACUGUUGAUGAUAAUAUAAGAAGAUGGAACACAAAAACUUUGACCAUUGCUGGAAGAGCUGAACUUAUUAGGAGUGUUAUCCAAGGGAUAGAAGUGGCUUGGGAUGAUAUUUGCAAACCAAAGGAGGAAGGGGGACUUGGGCUUAAGAACUCAGAAGUCUGGAAUCAAGCACUUGUGGCUAAAAACCUUUGGAACAUUGCUUCAAGGAAAGAAACCCUCUGGGUUCAGUGGGUUCACAGUGUCUACCUCCAGGACAGAGAUAUUUGGGCCUGGAUCCCUAAACAUGGGGAUUCACACUUCUUCAAAAAACUUGCAGAAGUGAGAAACAAUCUGGCCCAGAAGCUUGGUACUGAUCAGUAUCAAGAAGUGGAUUGGGAUGAACUCCUUGUAGAUGGAGAAUUCUGCACAACAAAGGUGUAUGAUUUAUUGAGAGUUCAUUUGCCUCCCAAACCCUGCAUGAAAAUGAUUUGGCAAAGCUACAUUCCACCCAAAUUCUCUGUUACAACCUGGCUUGCCAUCAGAAGGAGGUUAUCAACCAAGGUGAAUCUGGGAUUCAUCCCCAUGGAGAAUAGGAAUUGUAGCCUCUGUGGACAAGAACUUGAGACCACUGAUCACCUUUUCUUUGCUUGCACUGCUUCCCAUCAGAUUUGGAAGAAUAUGAAAGAUUGGCUCAAAAUUCCUUAUGCACUCUCAACUAUUGAAAGAGUCAUCAAAUGGCUCCUUGGAAGGCAUAGAGUUCAUGGUAACCUAAGAAACAUUUGGAGAUUAGCAGCAAUGAGUACCAUACACCAUAUUUGGAAGAUGAGAAAUGCUAUCUAUUUUGAGGGUAAGAGUGUGGACUGUGAUGCAAUUACUUGGAAAAUUAAGCCCUUAGCACUUACUGGAUUGAGUUGGCUGCUGUUUCUUUGCUUUUUAACUGAUGAUUGGCUACCUGUUUGCAAAGGAUCGCUUGAGGCUUGGGAAUCCAUUCUUGAUAUCAAUUUCAUGAUUCAGCUGCUGGAUUGGGGGAAAAUCGAAGGUCAACUCUCGCGUGCUACUGUUCAUCGGCGGCAUUUGCAGGUUGAAUUCACCUCGGUUUGGGCCCUCUUCAAGGCAAAUUUUUGGGGGAUUAUGAGCGACAUGGAAUGCUCUUUCAUGACCAUCAAUUGGAUUUUCAUUCCAUUUGAAGGAACCUGUGAUUUGAGCAAAUUUGGGAUUCGGUGGUACUGUUCACAGCGCUGCCUUCACUUCCAGGCCUGGUCUACUGGAGUUUACAUGGGCCAAUUGCCGUUGCCGUCUCUGUUCAG